GCGCGUGGACACGGGGGGUGGGGGACAGCGGAGGGACUCGGAUUGCAGCUGGAGAGGCCGCACGGCGACCCCCUGAGCCAUGGCGACCCUCGGCCCCGGCAGCCAGAAUGUCACCGAGUACGUCGUCCGAGUUCCCAAAAACACCACCAAAAAGUAUAACAUCAUGGCCUUCAAUGCAGCUGAUAAAGUCAACCUGGCCACUUGGAAUCAGGCCCGGCUGGAGCGAGACUUGAGCAACAAGAAGAUCUACCAGGAGGAAGAGCUGCCGGAGUCGGGCGCAGGCAGCGAGUUUAACCGCAAACUGAGGGAGGAGGCACGGCGGAAAAAAUACGGCAUCGUCCUCAAGGAGUUCCGGCCCGAGGACCAGCCCUGGCUGCUCCGGGUCAACGGCAAGUCCGGCCGGAAGUUCAAGGGCAUCAAGAAGGGCGGCGUCACGGAGAACACUUCCUACUAUAUCUUCACCCAGUGCCCCGACGGCGCCUUCGAGGCCUUCCCCGUGCACAACUGGUAUAACUUCACGCCGCUCGCCCGGCACCGGACACUCACGGCCGAGGAGGCGGAGGAGGAGUGGGAGCGGAGGAACAAGGUCCUGAACCACUUCAGCAUCAUGCAGCAGCGGCGGCUCAAGGACCAGGGCCAGGACGAGGAGGACGAGGACAAGGAGAAGCGGGCCCGGAAGAAGCCCAGCGAGCUCCGCAUCCACGACCUGGAGGACGACCUGGAGGUGUCGUCCGAGGACAGCGAGGCCAGCGGGGAGGAGGGUGGCCGGGCCCCCAAGGCCAAGAAGAAGACCCCGCAGGCCAAGGCAGGCAAGAAGAAGAAGAAGAAGAAGGGCUCGGACGACGAGGCCCUGGAGGACAGCGACGACGGGGACUUCGAGGGGCAGGAGGUGGAUUACAUGUCCGACGGCUCCAGCUCCGAGGACGAACUGCCCGGGAAGCCCAAGGUCCCGCAGCAGGAGGAGGGACCCAAGGGGGUGGACGAACACAGUGAGAGCAGCGAGGAGAGCGAGGAGGAGAAGCCGCCCGAGGAGGACAAGGAGGAGGAGGAGGAGAAGAAGGCGCCCACGCCACAGGAGAAGCGGCGCAAGAAAGACAGCAGCGACGAGUCGGAGAGCUCCGAGGAGAGCGACAUCGACAGCGAGGCCUCCUCGGCCCUCUUCAUGGCGAAGAAGAAGACGCCCCCCAAGAGGGAGCGGAAGCCGUCGGGCGGGAGCUCCCGGGGAAACAGCCGGCCCGGGACACCCAGCGCCGAGGCGGGGACCACGUCCUCCACCCUCCGGGCGGCCGCCACCAAACUGGAGCAAGGAAAGAGGAGCAGUGAGACCCCCGCCGCCAAACGUCUCCGGCUAGAAACGGGGGCCCAGAACCCAUCUGGGAAAUCCACCCCUCAGCCCCAGUCGGGAAAGUCCACCCCGAGCAGCGGGGACGUGCAGGUGACGGAGGACGCGGUGCGGCGUUACCUGACGCGGAAGCCCAUGACCACCAAGGACCUGCUGAAGAAAUUCCAGACCAAGAAAACGGGCUUGAGCAGCGAGCAGACGGUCAACGUGCUGGCGCAGAUCCUCAAACGCCUCAACCCCGAGCGGAAGAUGAUCGGGGACAAGAUGCACUUCUCCCUCAAAGAGUGACCCCUCCCCC